AUGCGUCGCAAACCUUCUUCUUGUUGGUUGGUUCCGGUAGAGUGCUCGCUUCACUCCACAAGUUUUGAGGCGAGAGGGAGCUACUCGAGAACCGAGGACCGGCAUCGACUAGCAGAUCGUCGCGUAGGUGCUUGGUGCCGUGCGGUUCGCAUCAACCCGUGCACCUGGAGGCAACAGCGGGAAGCAGCGCUUGCCGCCGGCUCUGGCCGGGCACACCUCCGCAAAAGCGGCAACGCUGGAGUACGUAGUCUGGUGGGCCAGCAGAAGCGCCGUGGUCCGCUGUUCGAUUGGGAUAGUGCACUGAUUCGCGCUUCACGUUGGCUUUCCUCUGCACAGGGACAGCUUGUUGUCUGGGCGAUCCUUGUGUGGCUGGUGUUCAGCGGUCGCAUCGGGGUAAUCUUCGAUUCGUUUCUCAUUCUAUUUGCGCUGCUGAGCAUCGCUCCUGUUGUCGGGGCGCUCGUACUGCGCUGGUGGAUAGCGGCGAACGUGCGUGAAGGGACUUGUCCGAACUGCCGUUUCCCUGUGACUGGCCUUGUGGGUAAGGAGUUCCGUUGUCCGUCCUGUACGCAACGUAUUCUUGUGGAGAAAAACGGCAAUUUUGUUUUGAGUGAGGACGCACGGAGUGCAGUGAUCAACGUCGAGGCUCGGGAGGUCGAUACCAAGGACUAG